AUGGCGAGCAAACAGGUGAUCUUGUCGAGUUUGGCCAUCUUGGCCCUAGCUGCCGCCGCAUUCGUUGAGACCGUGGAAGCCGCCGCCGGCGGCACCGCCUUUGCAAGGGCGAACGGGACGCGGUUCACGCUCGGCGGGCGGCCGUUCUACUCGAACGGCUUCAACGCGUACUGGCUCAUGUACAUGGCGUCGGACCCGGCCGACCGGAGCAAGGCGGCGGCGGCGCUGGAGGAGGCGGCCCGCCUCGGCGCCACGCUGGUGCGGACGUGGGCGUUCAGCGACGGGGGUUACCGGGCGCUGCAGGUGUCGCCAGGCGUGUACGAUGAGGAGGUGUUCGGGGGUCUGGACUACGUGAUAGCCGAAGCAAAGAAGCGCGGUGUCCAUCUGAUCCUGAGCCUGGUGAACAACUGGGACGUGUACGGCGGAAAGAAGCAGUACGUGCAGUGGGCAAGGGACCAGGGUCACUCCCUGAACUCCGACGACGACUUCUUCACCAACAGUGUGACCAAGGGCUUCUACAAGAACCAUGUCAAGGCGGUCCUCACCAGAGUGAACAAGUUCACCCGGGUGGCGUACAAGGAUGACCCGACCAUCUUCGCGUGGGAGCUCAUGAACGAGCCUCGCUGCCGGAGCGACCUCUCCGGGAAGACCCUGCAGUCCUGGAUCGCGGAGAUGGUCGCCAACGUCAAGUCCGUGGAUCCCAACCACAUGGUGGAGAUCGGGCUCGAAGGGUUCUACGGCGAGUCGACGCCCGACCGGACGCGGCGGUUCAACCCCGGCGGCUACUCCGUCGGCACCGAUUUCAUCUCCAACAACCUCAUCGCCGGCAUCGACUUCGCCACCAUCCACUCCUACCCCGACCAAUGGUUGCCCGGCGCGAGCAACGAGGAUCAGGUGGCGUUCAUGCGGCGGUGGAUGGCGUCGCACGCCGGCGACUCCGCGGCGGCGCUGCGGAAGCCGCUGCUGGUGGCGGAGUUCGGCUGGUCGGCGCGGUCCAACGCCUACACGGUGUCCGCGCGGGACGCCUACUUCGGCAUUGUGUACGACGCGAUCUACGCGUCGGCGAGGGGGGGAGGGCCGCUCGCGGGGGGCCUCUUCUGGCAGGUGAUGGAGGCCGGGAUGGAGGGCUGGACCGACGGCUACGACGUCGUGCUCGGACGCAGCCCGUCCACGGCCGCCGUCGUCAGCCGGGAGUGCGCCCGGAUCACCAGCCUCAACAACCAGGUGUCCUAG